AUGGCGAAGUACUGGUACAACAGUAACUAUCACUCUUCACUAAAAAUGACCCCUUUCAAAGUGGUUUAUGGUUAUGAACCCCCUCAGCUUUCAUUUGAAUUAAUAGCGCAGUCCAAAGUAGAUGCUAUUGAUCAAGUGCUCAAAGAAAGGCAGAUUAUGACCAAGGUGUUGAAAGAGAACCUGACUAUGGCACAGAACAGAAUGAAAAGAAAUGCUGACAAGAGAAGACCAAAGAGGGAAUUUGAAGAAGAAGAUUGGGUAUUUUUGAAACUUCAACCUUAUAAGCAGACAUCAUUGGCUGUCAGGAAGAAUCUCAAAUUGGCUUCUAAGUUCUUUGGACCAUAUCAGAUCGUUCAAAAACUUGGACCUAUUGCUUAUAGACUCAAGCUGCCGACAACUGCCAAGAUCCACCCUAUUUUUCACAUUUCGCAACUCAAGAGAAAGGUUGGAGGUCAGAAAAUUCUUUCCAUAGAUCCUCCUAUUUGUUCACCGGAAAGCCAGCCCUUAGUGGAGCCUGUAGCUAUGCUGGACAGGAGAAUGAUCAAGAAAGGAAACAAGGCGGCUGUACAGAUUUUAGUGCAAUGGGCUAAUUUGCUGCUAGAAGAAGCCACCUGGGAAGAUUAUCAAUUCAUAAGAUCACAGUUUCCCAACUUUGUUGACCUUGAGGACAAGAAUGGUAUCAGGAGUCCCUCCAGAGAACGACGAGAUGAGCAUCUGAUCUCCUCACCGCCCUUCAAGAUUUCAAGAAGUGGAGAGAUUUGUUUAUUUUUCGUUUUUUUGUUAUACCUUGUUAGUUCUAUUCAUGCUUAUCAAGUUUCUCAUGACGGAAGAGCAAUUACCAUCAAUGGAGAACGAAGAAUUCUUUUAUCUGGAUCCAUUCAUUACCCUAGGAGUACUCCUGAGAUGUGGCCUGAUUUGAUAAAGAAAUCAAAAGAGGGUGGAUUGGAUGCAAUUGAAACAUAUGUAUUUUGGAAUGCACAUGAACCAUCUCGUCGCGAAUACGAUUUUUCGGGGAAUUUAGAUCUGAUAAGGUUCCUCAAAACAAUUCAAGAUGAAGGACUUUAUGCUGUUCUUCGUAUUGGACCUUAUGUUUGUGCUGAAUGGAACUAUGGAGGAUUUCCAGUAUGGUUGCAUAAUAUGCCUGGAAUUGAGCUUCGCACAGCUAAUGGAGUUUAUAUGAAUGAGAUGGAAAAUUUUACAAGGUUAAUAGUUGACAUGGUGAAACAAGAGAAGUUAUUUGCAUCUCAAGGUGGUCCAAUAAUUCUAGCACAAAUUGAGAAUGAAUUUGGAAAUGUACAAGAAGCUUAUGGUGAUGCUGGCAAAGCUUAUAUUCAAUGGUGUUCUAAUAUGGCACAAUCACUUAAUGUUGGUGUUCCAUGGAUUAUGUGCCAACAAUCUGAUGCACCACAACCCAUGAUAAACACAUGCAAUGGUUAUUACUGUGAUGAGUUUACACCCAACAAUCCAAAUAGCCCAAAGAUGUGGACUGAAAAUUGGACUGGAUGGUUCAAGAAUUGGGGUGGCAAAGAUCCUUUAAGAACAACAGAAGACCUUGCUUAUUCUGUUGCACGAUUUUACCAAACUGGUGGAACAUUCCAAAACUAUUAUAUGUACCAUGGUGGAACAAAUUUUGGUAGAACAUCUGGUGGUCCAUAUAUUACAACCACAUAUGAUUAUAAUGCACCACUUGAUGAAUUUGGAAACCUGGCCCAGCCAAAAUAUGGUCAUUUGAAGGAACUUCAUGAUGUGUUGCACUCCAUGGAGAAAAUUCUUACCAGUGGCAGUGUCAACAACACUAAUCUUGGAAAUUCUGUUGAGGUCACUAUGUAUUCAUUGGAUGGGGAAUCAAGUUGCUUCUUUAGUAAUGCAAAUGAGACCACAGAUGCAACCAUAUCAUAUAAAAAUGUCAAUUACAAUGUUCCAGCUUGGUCUGUUACCAUUCUUCCAGAUUGCAUCACUGAAGUUUACAACACAGCCAAGGUGAAUACUCAAACUUCGAUUAUGGUGAAGAAAUUGAACGAUGCUGAAAACGAACCAAUUUCUCUCCAAUGGUCAUGGAGACCCGAAAUGAUCGAUGAUGCUAUAAUUCUUGGAAGAGGUCAAUCUUCUGUCCAUGAAUUGCUUGAUCAAAAAGUUGUUAAUGAUACUAGUGACUACUUGUGGUACAUGACAACUGUUUAUAUCAACAAGACUGAUCCAAUCUGGAGUGAUGAUAUGAAACUAAGAGUCAAUGCUAGUGGCCAUGUCCUUCAUGCUUAUGUCAAUGGACAAUAUCUAGGUUCCGAUUGGGCAACAUAUGGAAUCUUCAAUUAUAUAUUUGAGGAGAAGGUUAAAUUGAAUCCUGGCAAGAAUUAUAUAUCAUUGCUUAGUGCUACUGUUGGUUUGAAGAACUAUGGACCUCAUUUUGAUACAAUUCAAAGUGGAAUCCUUGGUCCAGUUGAAAUAAUUGGUAAAAUUGGUGAUGAGAGUAUCAUUAAGGAUUUGUCUUCUCACAAAUGGUCAUAUACGGUAGGUUUGAAAGGUAUUAAUAAUAAGUUAUUUGAUGAAAAUCCAAACUACAAUACACGGAAAUGGGACUCACAUGAUGUUCCAAUCAAUCGAAUGAUGACAUGGUACAAGACUACGUUCAAAGCUCCACUAGGAAAUGCUCCAGUUGUUGUGGACAUGCAAGGUUUGGGCAAAGGAACAGCAUGGGUUAAUGGACAAAGUAUAGGUCGUUAUUGGCCUAGUUAUUUGGCUGAGGGAAGUUGCUCUCUCGAUCCGUGUGAUUAUCGUGGUCCAUAUUCUGCAGACAAAUGUACUUCCAAAUGUGGCGAGCCUACUCAAAGAUGGUACCAUGUUCCACGAUCGUUCUUGUCUAGCGAUGAGAAUACAUUGGUGUUGUUUGAAGAAUUUGGUGGGAAUCCAUCACUUGUAAACUUCCAAACAAUUGAAGUUGGAAUGGCAUGUGGAAGUGCUUAUGAGAACAAAACAAUGGAAUUGUCAUGCAAUGGUCGUCCUAUAAGUGCUAUUCGUUUCGCCAAUUUUGGUGAAACGGAAGGAAGUUGUGGAUCGUUUGGCAAAGGAAGUUGUUCAAGUGAGCAAGAUGUUGUUUCUGUUGUUGAAAAAGAAUGUGUUGGAAAGGAGAAAUGCUUAGUUCAAGCAUCUGAGAGUGUGUUUGGAACGACCAAUUGUGGUAAUAAUGACAAGAGACUUAUUGUGGAGGCUGUGUGCUAG